AUGAAGAACUGCCUAGGUCUGUUGAGAAAGAAAAGUUUCAUUUCAUGUCUUGCUGCAAGCGUCUUCAAAUUCCUAAUUCACAAGUAUCCCUUUGGGGACCGUAUCAUCUGUGUCAGAUACCUGAAUCUGCUUCAGGAAGCUUUGCAGCAGCAGUCGAAGCUUUUACUUACUGCUCUUGUUUGCAUUGUUUGCAGUGCCAUAGCAACCCUGCUUGCAGGGAGCUACAGAGCAGACCAAGCCUGCCCAGCUGCACACCAGCAGUCCCCAGCCAGGCCCAGGGGCUCUGCAGCUUCUGUUUCUGGGCUGCAACUCAAGGAUUUUACCUUUGUAAAUGAGAUUGUAAACAUGCAGGUGUGGGUGCCAGCCUUCAUGCAGGAUGCAGUCGAAGAGGCUUACCACUGGUAUGUGUUGCUUUCAGGCCAGGAAGAAUACUUAGCCACAGAUAACUUGUUUUUGGACUACUUUAACGAAUUUUUGAGUCUUCCGACUUUUGGGCAGCCAGUGAAGUUUAACUCUGAAUUUGGGGUUUUUGAAGUAGUUACUGAUGCCCCACAACGACUGGAAAGCCAGCUGAAAAAAAUUCUACAUGAUCAGAAACCUCCAAACCCCGUUUAUGAUAUUCUAAGGAGAGCAAAGAAUGAUGGGCAGCUCUCCAAAAUGUGCAGGACUUCUCCAACCUUCAAUAUUGAUCCAAAUUACAACACUAUGUGUCUUGAUCGAGAACAAGCAAUGCAGUGGAUUAAGAAAGAAAGGCUUCCAGCAUUUCUAGGAAGUGACUGUUACUUUGAAUACAGGCUUGCUAAAUUGAUAUCGCAGGUAGAAUGGAGCAGGACUGGCAUUAAUUUCAUUAUAGAUAGUGACUAUUAUCCCUGGAUAAAGAAAAAAGAUUCAACUUCUCCCUCUCCUGAGGAGGAUGACACUUUGUUAACUACAAAGAAGGACAUAUUGCCUGGCCAGGCUACAGUUUCUCAGACAGAAGAUGUGUCCUCAUUAGCAAAACAAGGGGAACUAACGAGUACUACAGAUUCAUUUAUGCAUCCUGAAGCUUCUAGUCAAAUUCAAGACAUUGAGUAUUUGCCUGUGCAGCACGAAAGAGAUGAUUCAUUAAGUGAAAAUGAGAGCCUUCUGGAAGAAGGCUCCUGGCCUACAGAAUGCCAAGAACAGAGUUCCCUUUCCCCUUCAAGGACAGCAUCACCAGAACCCGACAGCAUUAGGGAAAGAUCCAAAGACGCUGAUGAGAGUUCUUAUGUGAUCGUUCCUGAACCUCCUUCCCACACUCAGUUAAGAGUUUAUCUGGACCCAAAGCAGGACAGUGCAUCAAAAGAAGAAAAUGAGCAGGGAAGUGCAACUUUUCACUCAGUGGAAGAAUUCACACCAGCUGAUACAAUAACAAAGGAACCCAUUUCAGAGCAGACCAGCCAGCCAGCUGCUGAUAUUGAGAGUGAUGUGGAUCUCCACAAGCUGCCUGAAGUGUUGAUAGAGGAGUUAGAAAAUGAUGAAUUUCCCUGUGGUACUGAAGAGUCACUCUUUCCCCAACAUUCUCCAUUAACUGUCUCGGACUCCAAGGCAGAUGUAAGAGAAAAUGAUACUGAAGAAGUAAGCUUAAGAUCAAGUUCUGAAAGUGAUGGGACAGACAGCAGGAAUUCCUGGUGUAUUCGUCACAAGACUUACGACACUCACAGCAGACGUGAGUUUGAAAGAUUCAAGAAGUUCAUCGAAGGAACCCUUGGGGAGAGGUACUGGUGGCUCUGGAUGGAUAUUGAAAGACUAAAAGCUCUUAAGGUCACUACAAGACAGCAAAGGCAACUCAGUAAGAUGAAAAAACUCUAUCUGCUGAGCAGUGGAGACUACUUCCUUGGUUUGGAAGUAUUACUGAGACUUGAUCUACUCCAUGGAGAUCAGUGGAAUAUAAAGCAUUUACGAUGGAUUCAGCCUGAAGUUGUGAAACCUCUACUUCUUUAUUGGGGUCCCAGAUUUUGUGUUGCCCAUUCAGCAGCAAUAGACACUGCCAGUGCAAAACUGAAGCUUUGGCACACAUGCCAAGAGAGACCAAGGGUGGAUGUUGAUCCUUUUCCACAAAUGGUUUCAUUGCUACCAUUGACGACUAAGUCUGGCACACCUAGGAUGCCACUUUCCCUUCCUCAGAAAAGUAGAGCAAGCUCACCAACAACUUUAGUAAGACCAGCUACACCAAGUUUCACUUUGAAGACGUCAUUGUCACCUACCUUGCCACCCAGUCAGAGCCCCCAAAGUGAUGAUGCAGAAAGAAAGUGGUCAGAGUCAGUGAGCAGAGACGUGAUUCAUUGCUUUGAUUUGGAUGACACCAGAGACUCAGAGCACCAGAGUCACAGAAAAUACACCUAUGCUGAGCUGCUCCUGGGGAAAAGUGCUGCUGGCAGUGUUGUCUUAGGGGAAUCAAGAAUGGAAAGCAUGCUGCAGUCUCUUUAUUUGGAGAACAGAGCAGGCUACUACUUCACACACUUCUGUGAGAAGUCAGGGAAUAAGUUGUGGAAGAACAGUGUGUACUUUUGGUUUGACCUGCAGGCUUAUCAUCAGCUUUUCUACCAAGAAACUCUUCAUCCUUCUAAAAUAUGCAAGCAAGCUCAAUUCCUUUAUGCAAAUUACAUUGCCCCAUCUGCCAGUAUGGACAUUGGACUUCAUCAGAGCAAGAAAAACAUGAUUUAUCAGAAAAUUGACCCAGCUUUUGAGGACCUUUUUGACUUAGCAGAAGAACAUAUCCUCACUGUGCUACUAGAGCCAUGGAUGGAGAUGGUGGAAGCAGACACAUGUGCUUAUGGAAAGGUGGAGUUGGUGGAAGAAACUCGACAGCUGGAUUCCGUGUACUUUAGAAAGCUCCAGGCUUUGUAUCAGGAGAGGGGUUCCAAGAAGGAUGAGAGUACUGUUGCUGCCACGGGUCUGCCAUCCUUCUCUGAUGCUCUCAAAGAAGAUCAGCACUUGUGUCAAGUUCCCAAAGAGUUGGCAGGUCCUAAUCUACCUGACUUGAUUUAUGACAAAGAGAAGUUAGAACAGUUCUGGACUUUUCUUAAUGAGAAUUCUGCUAGCAUGGAUCUCAUGUACUGGAUAGAUACUGAACAGUUCAGAAAGAUGCUCCAUGAGGACAAAUUAAAAAUGGAAGAUAAAUUAAAGGACAUUGAAAAUAAGUACUUAAACAAAAACUACUUAUUUGGGCCCAACAGCCCAGCUACCAGAGAACAACAAGAACAGCUAAUGCAUUCAGGUGGAGGAGGGGGACAAAUCCUUCACGAUCAACUUUCAGCAGCAGUUCUGCUAGAAAUUCAGCAGUUCGUCCAGAAGAGAUUAGAAACACAAUGGCUGCCAUUGUUCCUGGCAGAUGAGCACCCCGGGGAGGAGGGACAAGCAAAGGUAAGGGACAUAACUGAAGAUCUUCCAGGCCAAAAACAGGAGAAGACAACUAGGAUGUGGAAGCAUGUGGACAGUAAGUGGGUUUCUUCAUCUAGUGAAAUAAUAGCUUUCCGCAAUGCGCUGUUGAAUCCAGUGACAGCAAAUCUGUUUCAGUACUUUGUGUCACUGAAAGGAGACUUACUGGAGAACGGAGUGCUCUUCUGGCAAGAGGUGCAGAAAUACAAGGACUUGUGCCAUUCUCACUGUGAUGAUGCUACAGUCCAGAAGAAGAUCACAGCUAUUAUCGACUGCUUUAUCAAUUCUGCCAUUCCCCCAGCUUUGCAGAUUGACAUCCCACCUCAACAAGCAAAGAAGAUUCUGGAGCACAGGAAAGAAUUAGGACCUUACAUUUUUAGAGAAGCACAGAUGACUAUUUUUGCUCUUCUUUUUAAAUUUUGGCCAAAAUUUUGUAAGUUUCAAAGUGAUUUGGCUAGUGGAAAAAUUCUACUACCCCUGGAGAGAAAAAAGGGGAAAACUAUGCAAAAGAAGCGAGGCAAAAGAGGAGAGGUAAGGCUCACAAAGUUUCAGGUUAAAGAAGUGAGAACAAAAAGUAUUCCACCAAGUGGUGCUUUGGGAGGUGAGACUGGUCUGGAGACAGGAACAGCACCAUUUUCAGAUGAAUAUGGGUGGAAGGCUUCCUGGUCCUAUUCCAAGUAUAUAGAAGCUUUGGAGCAGGAGAGAAUACUGCUUAAAAAGCAAGAAGAUCUGGAGAAAAGUUCAUCAUUCCUUGCAGGUUGUUAA